AUCCUGAAUCUCGAGGUCCGGCGGGUCGGGCCGAACGGACGCCCCGGAUCGAAAGCGGGAACCGAUCCGACGCCCGAGAUUGAACCGGUCGUCCUGCCAAAAGGCGCAAACCCCUCACUCCUCCCCUGCCUCCCGUUUUAAAAGCGAAGCGAUUGUGCAAAGAAGCGAACGCCUGUAACGAAGAAGGAGAUCCGAAAAUCGCCACCGGCGAGGAGGAAAGUUCGCAUUUUGAGAUUCGCCCUCGAGCCGCACGCGUCGCUUCUGGUUCCUAGGGUUUUUGGGUAGCGGAAAGUCUUGUUUUUUCGGGAGCAUUUCCGGCGUCCAUGGCGGAUCACGAGGAGCAGCCGCACAAGGCCGAGUCCCUCCUGGAGAAGUUUGCGGAGAAGAUCCACGGCCACCACCACGAUGGCUCGUCGUCGUCCUCCGAUUCCGACGACGAAAGGAAGAAGCCGUCGGCGCCGCCGCCGCCGAAGGAGGAGGAGAAGCCCAAGAUUUUCCGCCUGUUCGGUCGGGAGCGGCCCGUGCACAAGGUGCUCGGCGGUGGAAAGCCUGCUGAUGUAUUCCUAUGGAGAAACAAGAAGAUAUCAGCAGGUGCUCUCGGCGUUGCAACAGCACUAUGGAUUCUGUUUGAAUUGCUUGAGUACCACCUUCUCACUUUGGUUUGUCAUGUCUUAAUCCUUGGCCUGGCAAUCUUGUUCUUGUGGUCCAAUGCUACUACAUUCAUCCACAAGAUGCCACCUCACAUUCCUGAAGUAUCGAUACCAGAGAAGCCUGUCUUGGAGUUUGCCUCAGUACUUAGCUCUGAGAUAAAUCAAGGAAUUGCUACACUGAGGGAGAUUGCAUCCGGAAGAGAUCUUAAGAAGUUUCUCUUGGUGGUUGCUGUUUUUUGGGUUUUUUCUAUCGUGGGCAGCUGCUGCAACUUCUUGACCUUAUUUUACAUUGCGUUUGUAUUACUGCACACUGUGCCUGUGCUCUAUGAGAAGUAUGAGGACAAGGUAGACCCAUUUGCUGAGAAGGCAACUAUUGAGAUCAAGAAGCAGUAUGCAGUAUUUGAUGAGAAAGUUUUGAGCAAGAUCCCAAGGGGGCCUUUGAAGGACAAGAAGAAGGUUUAAAUUAUUUAAUCUUCUGUCUCAUACUAGGUCCUUUGCAGUGAUGGGGUAGUUUUUCAAUUUUUUGGUUGAAGUUGCUAAAAUUAUCCAUGAUUAGCAUGAACCCUGUUUUCAUCGCGUUUUUUCUGGUGCUGUUGGGUUCAGAUGUUGAUGAAUCUGGAUUUUUGUCCCUUCAUUUUCGUCAGACAUGCUCAGAAUUGCGUGGAUCUUUGUGCUAGCUAUAAUUGGUUUGUUGAAAUAGUGUUUUUAUGCCGGUUGAUAGUGUGCUGUUUUUUGUGUUGAAUUUUCAACUUUUACCUGUCAUAUUUGUAAGUGAUGUGAUUCUAUCUUAAGAUGUAUGGAAUUAGAGCUCCAUGGGAUGAGCAUAAUAGAGGUUGUUUUUUUUAAA